UUUUGGUCAUUAAGUUAUGAUCAGUUUUUAAAUGUCAACCGUAGAAUGGAAGAAGAAAACGUACUGCAUGACAUGUAAAUGAAUGUAAAAAUUGAACCUUUCAUAAUGUUAAAAUAUAUGAAAUGUCUCAAAAGACUUUCGCCCAUGCUAACACACAGACAAUCAUCAAGGUGCAUCCACAUAUGUUGGAAAUCGAUCAAAUACCUAAAGUGACAACAGAUCGACGCCAAGGAACUGUUUUAAGUAUAACGCCAAAACCUGACAACAAUUUUUACUCGUUGCUUCGCUAUACCCCCUAUUCAGAUAUAAAAGAAAAUAGUAUACGUGUAUUAGAUAUUCCAAGAUUGCCGAAAUUGCAGUUCCAUUCUAUUGCAGAAUCAGAGGAAAUGGAGCAGAGAGCUAGGGAGUUCAGUCUAGCUGACGAUGAUGGCGUUGGAUAUUUAUGUUGUUCUUUGAUUAGAAGGGAACUAUGCCAUAACAGAACCUGUUUUUUUGAUUCAGAAGCCCAAACUGAUGUUUCCGUUGUUCCUCAUGUUCUACUAGAUGAUAAUAACGUCGCCUUUGUAUUUACUACUAGAGGAAGUCAGACUUAUGAUCAUAUACAUAAAUAGACGAUUAUUUAUUUUUAGUUUUAAGUCUAGUACCUAUUUUGAAUUAAUUAAAAUAAAUUAAUUUAUUACAUUCACAGAUUUCGAAAUUGAAAAUAUUAGUGG